AAAACACUUAUUCUCUCAGGGUGUGUAUAUAUACUGUAAACACAACUGUCUUCAGGCUGUACAAUCACUAAGGCAGAAAGCUUUCAAAAUGAAGCUGUUCCUGGGUAUCAUUCUUGCCUUUGGCAUCUCAGUGACACUAUGCAGGUCACAAUGCUUUUUCUAUUCACUUCGAGGCAAUCCAGCAGCUUGUUACCACAACGGAGUGCGGUACCAAUUUGAGGAUACCUGGGAGGCCAGGGACUGCUUAAAGUGCACAUGUAGCUCAACUGGAGUGCAGUGCUGCAAAACAAUUUCUUAUCCUACCAACUAUGAUCGGGUGAACUGCAUAGCCAUUCGCAACUGGCCAGAAUGCUCCUUUCGAAUUGUCAGGAAACUGGACCGCAGCAUGCCCUGUGAAGUCAUUGGGGUUAUUAGUUAGACCCCAAAUUAGCUCUCCUACUGGUUAAACAAAACUUACCCUGAAUUGUGCAAGUAAACUGAACAAUGAAAAUCUGUGGCUACUUGACGUUACUGAGUCUUUUGGUAUCUGCAACAUUUUAAGAGAGACUUAAAUCAUUUUUACUUCUAAAUACAUUUUGGUACAGUUGG